AUGGCGGGAGGCAAUGUUGAGAAAGGCAAUCGCUACAUUGCGGCCUUGGAGCUGGCGCGCAGCCAGGGAAAAUGGGACGAAGUCCCCGAAUUGAUUCGAAAAGUGACAAAGCAUGCUGCUCAGCGAAUUUGUGUGAUCCAGACCGCAACGGCGGAAUCGCGAGUGAUCGUGUAUUUGCAACACAAGGCUGGUGCCGAAACCACUAAGCCCUCUCCGAACCUCCUCGAGCUGAUUCCAGCGCUGUUGACAACCAUCGGAAACAACGACGGGAGCCCGCAAGAGAUCCUACAAGCGCAGGUCUGUUUGGGAUGGAUCCAUUGGGCGUUGAACGAACCGGCAUUGGCCGCGGCGCGUCUCCCCAAGGACUUUGCGGCGACAGUCUCCAGCCUCACCAGCGAAGGCAACGCUCUAACCCCCUGGACGGAGGUGUGUCUGGUGAAGGGAUGUUAUAUCAAGGCAACUGCCCAGUCGACUGUGGGAGGAAUCGACGAGACCCUAGAUACAUUCGCCUCUCUCGAACCGUGGCUUAGUAGUGGGAAGCAGGCAUCAGUCGCCAAUGCACAGUUCCAGAAUUGGUCCGAAAACCUUCUCGGGAAAGGCGCUCUGAUGGCAAGCAAGGAGGCUAGCAAAAACUCACCAUACUCAAACCCCAGGCAUGUGGAAAUUGCGCUGCGGCUAUUCCGGCAGUGGGCUGUCCAUCCGGCGGUCAAACAGGAAUUUGCCAUGCAAAAGUCGACCGCCUCAGAUCUUUCCACCCCGAUUUCGAGAACAUCACUAUGGAACUCUUACUAUGGGUUUCUGACAACAGUCCUCCAGGAUAAUCUGACAUAUCCUCCUCCCUCUGCCGACGGGCCAGGACGCCCCCAACAAGCUGCCGAGCUGCGUCGUAUAGAAACAAUCUGCGAGAGCAACUUGCUCCGUGAGGUGAAGUUCCCGACGGCCAGUUCCGGAAACUCGCAGGUGGAAGAAUGGGUUGAGCGCGUUAUCAGCAACUGGGAGAUUAUCUGCGGGCCGCAUUGGCAAGAUGACGAUCUUGGAGAAGGGGGUCAGAAUGCGGCAAGCCGCAAUGUACUAGAAAUGCUGUACCGUGCGGCCACCAAGACUUACCACUCCCAUCUGAUCCUUCGACGGCUGUUUCACGUUCACGCUGCCUUAGCAGAUUUUGAUCUUGCCAUCCAGGCUUUCGACUCUUAUAUUGAAAUCGUUACCGGGGCCAAGGACCGAGCAGAAAAAUCCGCGGAGUAUGGAGAGCUGGAGAGAGACGAGAUCUUCCUGCAAACUCUUUCAGAGGGUGUUAUGCUCUUGAGCUGCCUUGGGUCGUUCGAAGAAGCCGAAAAGGCCAAAAAUAUAACGGCGCUGAUUCGAGAGUAUAUUAGCAAGCACGUCACGGAUCAGGCCAAUGGCGAGGCCAACGGUAAAUUAAUGCUCUCAGACGACCCGGAUUCGCCCAGAGCACCAGAUGUUUCUCUCUUUGUGCUUGCCACCGCCUACAGAGCAGUCGGUGUCGGUCUUGCCAACUGGGCCAGCUGGACGCCGAUGAACGAGUCCAGGGACGAUAUCCGAGCAGAGGCGAUUGAGUUUCUGGAGAAAAGUAUUUCCCCAGAUCUGGGGAACGCCUUGAACAAUUCCUCUAUUUACACGCUUGCCCUUGUUUUGGCCGAGAACAGAGAUAUUGAUAGCGCGAUUGACUAUGUCAAAUCCGCGUUGUCCUCAGAAACCUCGUCUAAUGUGCCAACGCAAGGUCUUCACAAGGAGCGUGACCUGGUUUCUCUGUGGCAUUUACUUGCACUCCUGCUAAGUGCCAAGCAUGAAUUCGAUAUUGCUGAGCAUUCAUGUGAAGCCGCAUUCGAGCAAUUUCCCCGGGAAGUCUUUUCGACGCACCAACGUGAAAGACGGAAUUCAAGGCAUUCGCAUCAUGCUAAGGAUUCCACUGGGCGCUCUGUGAUCAGCCAAUUGCAAGGCCGAGAGAAAGAGCGCAUCAUUCAGACCCGUAUCACACAGCUCGCAUUCGUUGAGAUUCUCGAGGGUCCAGAGGCAGCUGUCAAUCAGAGCGAGCAGUUGCUCAGUCUUUUUGGCUCUUUGUUCCAUGAUCUGAAUCUUGAGGUCGAAGAAAGCAAGACUGGCAAGCAAGAACAUUUGAUUCCACCCAAGACUUCAGGCACGACAAGAAGCUUCCGAGGGAGCAUCUUCCAUCGAAACCGAGCAUCCCAGAUGCCAGAUCGACGAACCGAUCGCUCUGCAAGUCCAACCGUGCCACCGAUCCCCACGGCCCCGAACGGCCAAACUAACGGCACAGAGGCGCCUUCAAUUCAGGUCACAGAUGAAGAUCGCCACAACCGUCAUGAGCGUUCUGCUCUGGGGCGCUCAGAUUCAAAGAAAUUGCGGAAGCGCAGCCUUAGUGCCCAGAGGAACGAAAGGCCACGGACUUCAGAGCCACCACUUCCCAACGGGGCAAGCGACUCUCUUGAUAUGGUUGGCAUCGCAGUGUCGGGGAAUACAACACCUGUGUCAGCAACUCACUCCCCGGUUGCCAAACAACCAUUGCGUCCUAUUGGUCAUAAUUUCAGUCACACGCAACAACCAGCUCCAGUCGGCCAUGAGAAGCAACCUCCAGAGCAGGAUGUGCGGCUUUCAGUCUCCCACCGGUUCAAUUCGCCGACUAAUGCCAUUACUAAAUUUUCUAUGGUUCAAAGCCAGAAGUACGCUCUCGGCCUUCUGGUCAAUAUCUGGCUGAUUAUCGCCGGUCUCUAUCGUCGGGCAUCUCUCUUCGAUGAUGCUCGUGAGGCAUGCGAAGAGGCUUCCAAACAAGCCGGGCGAGUCGAGACACUUGUCGCGUCACAGGAGUCUUCGGCUCGAUCUUUCAACAAACGCGGCUGGGGUGCCGCAAAGAGCUCCGAGGAGCUUUGGGCCGACGUCUACGCCGAACAGGGUCUCUUGGCACAGGCUCAGUCCAAGCCGCGGGAGGCAAUCAAGCAUUUUGAAGAAGCGCUCCUCCGCAAUCCCAACCAUCCGACGGCAACUAUCGCGCUUGCGAACCUCCUCCUGGACAUAUGGGACCAGACGAUGUCUCCGGAGCCUGUCAACGAAGACGCCGAUAUCAACCUGUCCCGUCUGUCAUUGCUCGCGGAUACUCCUAAGCCCAAGAGCGCGAAAGCCAUCUCAAUCGACGAGCUUAAAGCAAUCGAUACGGUGCAAGAUCCUCCACCCGCCAACGCUGCCUCCUCCGCCCACGACGUCGACCCCAAGCUCCUGCACCGUCUGGCCGCUCGGGAUCGGGCAUAUGGCCUGCUCUCGUCCCUGACCAAGCUCGGCAGCUCGUGGGACAACUCCGAGGCGUGGUAUGCGCUAUCACGGGCCUACGAGGCCGGCGACCAGAUCGACAAAUUGAAGUCGGUUCUCUGGUGGUGCAUUGAGCUCGAAGAUCGGCGCCCUAUUCGGCAUUGGUCGAACAUUGGAUCUGGUCUGUAUGUGCUCUAA